AUGUUAGAUGAUAUCAUAAGGAGACAUUUCGGUCCAUUGAUCGGUGUAUUGACAUCAGAUAAUGUCGAGAAAAUAAUUAAUAAGAAUGGUCUCAAUUUUUGCGAUAUGCUUAUUCCAUUUUCUACUGUUCAGUGCACUGUUAAGGACCCGUCCGGAAGUUCAGUGACAACACGACUUGUGCUAGACAUUCGAGACAUACAACGUGAUGGAUUUUUGUUGAGUCUGACCGUGUUGCCGUCCGUUCUACACGAGUCAGUGUCAUCGUCGUGUGAGAAUGUGCAGUCUGCUUUCAUUGAUUCCUUACUGCAAUGGAGUGAACCGAGUGAGCAUGAACUGCUACGAACUUACUUGGCGUGUGUCUUCGUUGUGUCCAGCGACGAGACUGACCCUCUUGCUGAGUUACGCAGACUCGUCCAUAUGCAACACACA